AUGACCAUACCCGUUUCAAGCAGCGACCUUAGCCACACGGGCAAUUUCUUCACGGUGUUUUGCGAAGAUGCGCGCUCGAACAACAGAAUGAAACCUAAGACAGCGAUCGAUAACUGCUUUUGCUGGUCUUCAAGUUUUGUGAAUGCAGCGAAGGAACAUAAAACCUCAUUGGGAAAAGAACAAUUAGAAGAUCGAAACAAACAAGGCAACAGUAUGUUACGCUAUCGAUUCCUGUUUCAUGGCUAG